GGCGACCGUGAAUCGGUGUCCAGUGAUUGGGCCGAGACAGAAAAUAUUGGCUUCCCUUUGUCAAAGACUCUUCUUGUUGUGUCUGCAAGACUGCAACAGAAAGAGAGAGAAUGGAUUCAAGUGGUCUGAGAACCCUAAAUUUUGUAUCGCCAUUCCAUUUCCGCUCUAGAGCUUAUUUUAUCUACCCCUUAUUAUUUGCAGAAGUCAGGAAAAAGCGUUACAUCUCGCUCUCCUCUUCUCCACGGCUCACACGUCACCGCUGUUCAUUGGCAGUAAGAAAUGGUGUGAGCUCUCUGCCUGAGAGCUCUGGCCAGGCAGUCGGCGAAGUAUCGCGGGAUAGACUUCUCCAAGUGGUAUUAGUUUCUCCUCAGAUUCCUGGAAACACCGGAUGCAUUGCUAGAACAUGUGCAGCGUCAGCUGUUGGAUUGCACCUUGUAGGGCCAUUAGGAUUUCAUGUGGAUGAUACAAAACUCAAGCGUGCUGGAUUGGACUAUUGGCCAUAUGUAGUUGUAAAAGUUCAUGGCUCGUGGGCAGAAUUCAAAGAUUAUUUCAGGCAACAGGAUGGGGAAAAGCGAUUGCUAGCAUUUACUAAGAGAGGGACAACAAUACAUUCUGAUUUCUCAUACAAACGUGGUGAUUGGCUGGUAUUUGGUUCUGAGACUUCUGGUCUGGCUCCUGAAGUUUUGCUCGACUGCAAGAAUGAAACUUUUGGUGGUGGAACCAUUCGAAUUCCUAUGGUUGAAACUUAUGUUAGAUGUCUGAACCUCUCUGUGAGUGUUGGAAUUGCUUUAUAUGAAGCUUCCAGACAGCUAAACUAUGAGCAUCUUCAAUCUACAUCAGAGCCUUGUAUUGAUAAUUUGAAAUCUUUUAUUGCUGAAGAUAUAUUUGCUUGAU